AUGGAGCCGUCUUUCAAGGACUACUUCGACAAGCUCACGGGUUCCCUAGACGCGAUCCAUGCCGACAUCCGCGGCCACACCGCCAAGCUCGACGAUCUGGCCCAGUGGCGGCCUGAUCUGGAGAAGCGCGUGGACCAGCUCGCGGUCGCGGUCGCCGAGCUUCAACAGGCGCGACCGGCUCCGACUGCAGAAGGGCAGUCCGCGGUGGCACGCGCGCCGCCACCACCUACUCCACCGGCGCCUCUGCGUGACCACGUCGGCACCAGCAAGAGCGCGGAGGGCGACGCCCUCGGGUCAAUCGACCACGGCAUCGACGUCAUACCUCGGGGCCUGGCACCGGCGUUCGUGUCGGUGGCCACCCCGGCCAACGGAGAGAAAACUACCGUAGCUGAGUAUAUUGAGCAGUUUGAGUUGAUUAUCAGCCAUUUGUCUGCUUAUUCUGAAUCAAUUCACCCUUACUAUUAUCUCACUCGUUUUGUGGAGGGAUUUUGCGCCGACAUCCGUGCAGUGGUGCUGGUUCAGAGACCACCGGACCUCGACACGGCCUGCGCUCUGGCGCUACUUCAGGAGGAGGUGGCGGACGGGGUGGCUCGGGAGCGUGUGCGCACUCCACCAGCGAGGCAGAACACCACCGACUGGGCGGGGCGGGGCAACGCAAGCAUGCCCAUGGUAUUGCCCCCGCCUCCACCUCAAGGGCGCCCGCCUACUCCAACGACAGCCACCGACCGGCGGGCGAUCGACGCCAACCGCGCCGAGGGAACCAAGCUCAAGGCCCUGCGCGAGUAUCGGUGCGCUCGCGGUCUAUGCUUCAAGUGUGGUGAGCGCUGGGGGCAAGAGCACACCUGUCCUACCAGCGUUCAACUUCACGUGGUGGAGGAGCUCCUGGAACUCUUCAGCAUUGACAGCUUGGACGGUCGACCCACUCCAAGACGCGAGGAACAACAUACAGAGACAACAAUGGCAAUUUCCCGUCACGCUCUCACUGGCAGUUCAGCCCCGAAGGCAAUUCGUCUACACGCGUGGCUGCAAGGGCGCGAGGUCCUCGUUCUGGUGGACUCGGGGAGUUCAACUUCCUUCCUCGAUGCGGGCCUCGCUUCCUCACUGUCAGGCGUGGUACACUUGCGCCGGCCCUGCCGUGUCAAGGUAGCCGACGGAGGCGAACUCUGCUGUGUAUCUCACAUUCCCAAGUGCUAUUGGACAACACAGGGCCAAGAAUUUACCACCGAUAUGAAGAUAUUACCGCUUGGAGCUUAUGAUGCCAUUGUGGGCAUGGACUGGCUAGAAGAACACAGCCCCAUGAACGUGGACUGGCGUGGCAAGCAUAUGUUGAUUACCACACCGCAAGGGCCGGCUCAUUUGCAAGGUCACUCAGAUGGCGUCGCUCCAUGUUCAGAAAUCAACGGCCUGCAACUGUACUCUCUUCAGCGACAGGGCGCUUUGUCCCAAGUCAUUCAGCUCUGCCAAAUCACAGAGGGGGAUGAAAUUUAUGCACCAACUCCUGACAACAUCCAGGCCGUCAUCGACCAAUUUUCAGAUGUCUUUGGUGAGCCUACGGAGCUGCCCCCGCGCCGCGCGUGCGAUCAUCGGAUACCUCUCAUGCCCGGCGCACAACCGGUGGACUUGCGGCCGUAUCGGCACAAGCCAGAGCACAAGGAUGAGAAAGAAAAACAAGUGCGAGAGAUGCUGAAGGCUGGAAUUAUACAAUGCAGUCAUAGCCCUUUCUCUUCGCCGGUGAUCCUAGUCAAGAAAAAAGAUGGAACGUGGCGACUGUGCGUUGACUACAGACACCUUAACGCAAUGACAAUAGUGGGCAAGUACCCGGUGCCAGUGAUUGAGGAGCUGCUUGAUGAACUACACGGCGCCGGGUACCACCAGAUAAGAUUGGCAGACGGAGAGGAAUUCAAAACAGCUUUCCAAACGCACUCAGGGCACUUUGAGUUCAAGGUGCUGUCAUUCGGGCUAGCAGGAGGGCCAACCACUUUCAUCGAAGCUGUGACUGAUACUCUACAGCCACUACUGCGUUAG